AUGUCAUGGCCUCAGGCCGUGGUCGGCGCAGGGCGGCCAAGGGCAGUGGUCGGUGUGAAACGGAGGCGACUGUCUCUGGGACUAGCGGCUGGUUUGGCAUGGGACUUGCCGUGGCCGCCCAUCGCCCGUCUCGACGCUCGUCUCAGAACAGGUUCAGCGCUCCACACACCCAACACCACGACUCUCUACACGACCCCGACAUCGCUGCCCACCGCGCCCACGCCCGCCGCCGGACGCGCAUUGAUUCGACGCACAUCACGUGGAACAUCUCGCGACGCCGGAUCGAGGCUUGGAAGGGGGAGAUACGGCCGCCCGGCUCAGGGACCGCACCGCGCCAUGGAGCGACGCAACAGCCACGACAGCACGUUCUCGCGACGGGAGAGCGUUCCCAAUGUCUUCGACGACGACUUCGAGAUUGACUUCGAUGAGAACGACUUUAUGGUUUCGGACGGGCUCGGGUUCCGCCAGACGCACGCCAACGCAGAGGAGCCGCGAAAUGGCCACCCCCAGGACAGCGACCACAGCGAGACGCCGCAGCGCCAGUACUCGACGUCAAAGGCCCCAGGGAACGCGGGAGACGAUCUUCGACGCACUGCGACGAGAAACAGCACCGCCAAGCUGCGCAACUCCAUGAUAGCGGACAGCCGCCCCCCGGGCUUGAGCAAUCGACCGCCCCUUACCCAGUCCAAUCUGCAAAACCGCGACUCGGUCAGCUCUACUGCCUCGUUUGCGACGACCAGCAACACAGAUAAUCCCCUUGAGACCGGGCCGAGCCACCCGUACGGCAUGUACCCGCAGCACACCAUGGGCCGCUCCAACAGCAUCGCAACGACCUCUACCGUGAGACAAGAUCGACCCAUGUCAAUACAGCGACCAGCGCAUCCAUACGCCAUGUACUCGCAAAGCGGACUGGACGACGAGACGCCGAUUCAGGCCAUGCAGGUGAUUCCGCCGGCAUUGCCUCCCAUUCAGACGGCCAUGCCCGUUGGAUUUCCAGGACUGAACAACGGCUACCACCGCGUGCUAGGACCGGACGGCGAAGAGCAGGACAUCAUUGGGCCAGACGGACACACCGAGCAGCUACCUCCCUACUCCAGAUACCCUGAUGAAGGACCCACGAAGGCCUCCAUGGCUGCGGAGGCAAGCGCAUCCCGCAUCAUUCCCGCUCCUCUGAACCUUGCCAUGGAACCUGAGGAUCCUGCCACCGCUCCUGCAUCACCAGUGUCACCCAUUAGCGAGACAUCUCACUCAGCGCAUGCCCCGUCUGCUGCCACGGAGCCCUUGCUACCUCCUAUCACACCUGCUCGUCUGCCGCCACAGAGACCAGAAACGCAAACAGGCCAUCUGGCUCUUGUGUCUUCUGCCAACACUGUCCCAGCUGCACCUUCAGAUUCAUCCUCAGCGUCGCUUCUGUCCUCAGAGUCCGAAUUCGAUGAGAAGUACAAUGAGAAGGGCGAUCCAGAGUCGACCAAGACGAGUUGGCGCAAGAAGCGGUUAUUCGGAAAGAUUCCUAUGGGUGUCGCUGUUGUAGUUCUUGUGUUGUUAUUAGUCUUUGCUGUUGCUCUUGGAGCGGCAAUUGGUACAUUCGCUGCGAAGAAGCACAGUGGAAAGGACAAUAAAGGGCACGGCGGCAAGCCUGAAGAGGAACCGCAACCACAAGUCACAGGAGCCUAUUCAAGUGGGUCCCUCUUUGGGGCUACACCUAUCUCGAUUCCUUCUGAUCUCUCACCACUACCAACCGGUACUUUCGCACUCCCCCUUGGUUUCCCACAAGAGGCCAAUCCGGGCUGUCUGGUCCAAGCCAACGAGUACUCGGCGUGGUCUUGCAAGAUCACCUUUGCACCCAUCAUCAUUACCAUUAACGAUACUGGCAUCGAUUCGAACGGCCACCAGCAGCAAAGAGCAUCCACUCGUGGAGGGAACGGGGUUCCAAAUGGCAUCAUCCAGUAUGGCGCGCAGACUCCUCAACUUGACCUGGAACCAAUGCAACUCGUGCGCGAUCUUGAUUUCCAGUCACUUGGCCCGGCUUUCCACUUCUCUACCAGAUACGACAAGCUGGUCGUGCUCAGACCUGAGGAGCUGACUGCUGGCUCAGCUCUGAAGAAGCGCCAGCUCACAGAUGACCCGCCAUCUCGUCAACGAUUCACUGUUCAGCCUGGAGACUACCCAUGGUACUGCUACUGGAACCAGACAUACAUCGAAGGCUACAUAUACGCCGAAGACAACUCGACAGCAGCAACCUUCGCCGCACUACCUACACUGUACACAACGAACCUACCCAGCUCCUCCGCAUCAUACAGCUCAACAGUUGCCGCUGCAACUCUCACGCAAACAAGCACACCACAGACCUCACCCACUGCCGCUGCAGAAGUCAUCCCAACAUCGUCCGCCAUCACCCGCCGCGACGCCGCCGCAGACGCAGCAGCAGCCUCAUCGCGCAUCCCGCCCUACCCGCGCAUUGUCAAGAUCGAAGAGCGCCGGCUGCCAGACUCGCCGCAGCCUUACUGUCAACGCAUGGUGCUGCUGGACGACGGCAAAAUCGCGCCAGCACCUAAUGGCAAUGAUCCCGCUGUUGCGCUGUGGCUGCAGGAGCAGGAUCCGAGCUAUGCAGAGUACUUCGCGACCAACUCGGCGACAGCGCAGAGCAAGCGCAGUCUGGAGCGCCGGACGGAUCCGAGCGAUUCGUGCCACUGCCAGUGGAUGUUCAAGUAAAGUCCCCAAGCCCACGUGACGGGGGGAUGAGAUGUGUUGAUAGUGCUAUUUGUCGUGCGUUUGAGCGCUGUUAUGCAUACUUCUGGGCGGAAUGUUUUGUACCUUUUUUCUUUGUUCUUGUUGCAUAUAUCACGGGUACGGCGUUCCUAUGUCCGGACACGAUUCUAUUGCGUCUUCUUUUCUUUUUUUGGUCAUAUUUUCUGCUAUCUUCGGUGUUGACACCG